AUGGCCACCACCCCCCCGCCUCUCUUCAGCCCCUCGCCCCCUCCUCCGCUGCCCGAUAGCUUGUACCCCGACGAUCCCGAGGAGGUGACUACCCCAACCUCAAGUCUACCUCCAGCCCCCCCCCUCUCCACCUCCAAGGCAGCCGUCCCCCGUUCGUCACCACCACUCUGGCCCAGCUCCCGCAGCUGUUGGUAACUUCGGAUCACCUCCGCCGAACCCCCCUCCCCCUCCCCAAUCGCUCGCUUACCAGCAGAAUGGGGCCGGGACCACGCCAACCCAGGCACACUACGGAGGUGGAGGAGCGGUGGACAUGGGUAAACGGAACAGUGUGGUGAUUAAGGUUGGCAUGGUGGGAGACGCUCAGAUUGGGAAGACUUCACUCAUGGUGAAGUAUGUGGAAGGGAGCUUUGACGAGGAUUACAUCCAGACUCUUGGUAUGACUCCCCCCCUCUCUCAGGUACCGUGCUCACGGUGGUGGUGAUGCUCGGUGGUGAUGGUGUGCUUAUUGUUGGCUAUAGGGGUGAAUUUCAUGGAGAAAACUAUAUCUAUCCGUAACACGGAGAUUACGUUUUCGAUCUGGGAUCUGGGUGGUCAGCGAGAGUUUGUCAAUAUGCUGCCGUUAGUAUGCAACGAUGCUGUGGCGAUAUUAUUUAUGUUCGAUCUUACACGGAAGAGCACUUUAAAUAGUAUCAAGGAGUGGUAUCGUCAGGCUAGGGGAUUCAACAAGGUGCUUGUUUCUGCGGAUUUGGGCAUGAAUUGGUGCUGAUAAGGAUUUCUUGGUACAGACCGCGAUCCCAUUCUUGGUGGGCACCAAGUACGACCACUUUGUCAAUUUUCCACGAGAAGAUCAGGAGGAGAUCUCCAAGCAGGUAUGAAAUAACAGGCUCAUGGGUCCGGUCUCGUGUUAACGUAUUACAGGCAAGGAAGUUUGCUCGCGCGAUGAAGGCUUCGUUGAUUUUCUCCAGUACGAGCCACAGCAUCAAUGUUCAAAAGGUUAUACACGCACUCCAUUUCGCCUUAUCCAGACCCUGGCUGACGUCCAUACUAGAUUUUCAAAAUUGUUCUAUCCAAAGCUUUCGAUCUCAAAUGCACUAUACCGGAAAUCGAGCAUGUUGGCGAACCACUUCUGUUGUACCAAGACGUGUAGCUUUUCCCCUCCCUUCUCACCGUUUCAGAAUAAAUCGUAUUUUUUUUUAAAAACUCGUGCUUUCAUUUCUAUGCUAGGUGUAUCGGACUGGGGAGCACUGUUGGCGGAGUGGGACUAUACUUUUUUACCCCUGGCUUCUCAUCGUUUCUUCCCUUCAUACUCCAUAGGUUUCAUCUGCUGCAGGAGCUCGAGUCGGGCUAGCGGGUGUUGACAGAUGGACGAAGGUGGGGAUUGUCUGAAGUAUUACAUAUUUUUAGUACCGUAGCUGAAUGUUGUCAUUCGUUCCUUUCAUUUCUGUUUCUUUUCGCUUUUGAAUUCAUGGCGGUGGGAUACCUUUCUUCUCUUGUAUUAGUUGGUUUUAUUUGAGUAUUGCAUUUGCGCGCGGCGAGGUGAUGUUAGGGGAGGUUGGCCGAGAGGCGAGAAGAGGGAAUAAGGGGGGACGAGAGAUUGAUUACCUAGUUGGCUGAUAGGCAUGGAAUAAAUUGGUUCGUUAGCAUGCCGCUCCACGACCGAAUUUGGAAAUGCUUUCUUCAGGUUUGGGGCUUGUGAGGUGGGUGAUAUCCUGUCGGCGUUCUAUGGUGCAGGUUACUGUGAGGGUGCAUGCCAUAAGGGAGUUUCGGGCACGGGAGUGUCCUAGCAUUGCUGUAAUGGGUAUGCAGUGGCUGAUGUUCGGGUCAAUAAUUCAGAUCAAUAUCACAUUCAAGUUCCCCACAAAAGAUCCAUUAGAGGGGGUAA